AUGGCAAAUUGCUCGACGACCUCCUCGAUUACGAGUCGCCCAUACGAAGGAUUUCCUCAAAGAACUGGCGACGAUCGUGCACGAGCGCGAGAGUUGUACAAGUACUUUUCGCCCCCCAAGGGCCCCGAACCUUUAGACACCGUCUUGACAGCACAUGCACAACUUGCAGCAUGGCGGCUACACGCAGAGCGCGCAAUGAUCUCGCUGAUCGACGAAGAGACGCAAUAUUUUGUCGCCGAAAGUACGAAGACAGUCCAACUGGACAACGCUGAAAAGUAUGAAGACCCUGAGGAUGCGAUUUGGGCUGGCUGUGUCAGAGUCCCAAAAGCAGGCCGACUCUGUGAACACACUAUCGCAACACCGCCGCCACCUGAAGGCGGUGUGGCAUGUUUCGAGGUUCGCGACCUGAGCCAGGACGCUCGCUUCAACCAACUCAGCUUUAUAGCCGGACCACCACAUUUCAGAUACUAUGCCGGAGUGCCUUUGCGCACAAACAGAGGUAUCAACAUAGGGUCGAUCUACAUCUUGGACUCCAAAACAAGACCGGCACUCACGCCCAGCGAGAAAGACUUUCUCGGUGUAAUGGCAGAUAACGUGAUUCAACAUCUCGAAAUGAGUAGGGAUAAGAAGGAUCGCCAGCGUACGUUCAGGAUGAACGAGUGCUUGUCAGCAUAUGUCGAUCCGGUUUCUAAGGAUACAGAGCAUAUACGGCGUUACAGUGAUCACGGCGAAUCGACCGACCCAGACUCAGAUGCAGAUUCUAGACGGACCGCCGAUGGUACCGCACGUAUCGAAGUGAUCACGCGGGCCGCAGAACUGAUGUGUGAAGCAAUGGACAUCAGAGAAGGCGGCGGUGGUGUGCUCUUUCUUGACACAGCAUUGGCGACCACCCCAUUAAGGGAGAUUGAUCAGUCAUUUGAGCAUGCAGUCUCUCAGGACUUAACAUGGCAGAAACACCCGCAAAGUAGUCAGGAUAGCAACGGAUCUGCAACGGCAACCAGACACCCAACGCGACCCUCAAGCCCGGAAGUGCGGAAGAAACGCAGUGGCAUCACCGAGGUUCUUGCACAUACGUAUCACUCCGUUGACAGACCACCGGACCAGCCUGUGUUCGAGCCUUUUGCGCCUGAGGAGCUCCUGAAGCUUGUAAAGCGGUAUCCGAGAGGAAGGAUGUUCACGUUUGAUCAACAAGGCCAGGAGCUCUCUGACUCGUCAGAGAACGAAAGUCUGCACAAUGGCCGACCGCGAUCAAAGCGACGACGACAAAGAUCGACCGCAGAUUCUACCAAUCUCCGCGCCCACUUUCCGGGAGCUCGGCAGAUAAUGUUCACGCCAAUAUGGGAUUCGACAACCGAUCGAUCAGCCGCCUGCUUCAUCUAUAACUGUUCAGAGUAUCGCAACUUCUCGCACCAACUGGAGUUUCUUCAUUGCGUAACGUUCAAUAAUUGCGUCGACACAGAGCUCCUGAGGCUAGCGAAUUUGAAAGCAAGCGAACAGAAGAAUGACUUCAUUGGCUCGAUUUCCCACGAAUUGCGAUCGCCACUCCAUGGAAUCCUGGCCUCCUGCGAAUUCCUGCAAGACACGCAUUGUACAUCAUCCCAACAGUCCUUGGUCAACACUGCAGAGAGUUGCGCAAGAACGCUUCUCGAUACCGUCAACAUGGUUCUGGAUUACAGCAAGAUCAACGCUUUCGAAAAAAACAAGGCUGGCAAUGGCAUCCCUGCUCUUACAAACGAUGAACAAGUGCGGCCACCAGAUGGUCUUCAAACGAACUUAAGUGCGCACCGCAACAUCGACCUUGCUGUGCUGACCGAGGAGGUCGUCGAAGGUGUCGCAUCCGGUCACGCCUUCAAUGAUCACCAAAACCGAGCAGUGCAUGAGGAAACCGGAGACACUGUAUCUCACAGCAUUGUCUCGAGCAGAGUGCAGUUGCCUGCUCUCUGCAGGCCGGAUGUGGAGCUCAUUGUCGAAAUUCAGGAACAGGACUGGACGUACUGGUGCGAGCCCGGAUCGAUGCGACGUAUUGUGAUGAACUUGGUUGGAAACUCACUCAAGUACACAAAAGUCGGAUUUGUUCAUGUUAAGCUCGAGACGCAGAAGGCGGAGAAGGGUGCCACUGAACUUGCGAUCCUGACCGUCAGAGACUCUGGUCAGGGUAUGUCACCUGCGUACCUGCGAGACAAGCUCUUCACACCGUUCGCCCAGGAGUCGAAUCAAGCGCCUGGUAUCGGACUCGGACUCUCGUUAGUCAAGUCCAUUGUCAGCACUCUCGGAGGCCACAUUGACCUCGAAUCUACAGUUGGUGUCGGUACCAAGGCUACUGUCAAGAUCCCGUUGAUCAGG